UAGCAAAGAAAAAAAAAGGUCACGUACACUACAAUUCAGCCCAAACAUCUCGUAUGCCAACAAGCACAAGACUAUCCGACGAGCAAUUACCAACCUAUCGUUUAUCCAAAAAAAAACAAGAAAACCCAUCAAAAAUCAAAAAUCAAAAACCAUAAACCCCCCUGUCUCAUCUCCCCCUCCACCAAGGUCCCAAGUCCCCCAACAUUUUUCAUAAAUAGCCUCUCCCAUCCUUCCAUAUCUAACAACGACACCCUCGGAGCUUUUCUCCUCCGCCCCCUCGUGUUCUCUCAGAAUUCGCGAAUCAAUCCCCGCCGAUCCCCUUCCCAUCAGGGAGGCUUUUCCCGCCAGGAUGGCCUCCGGUCCAGGAAGGGCCCGAGGCGGCAUCCGAAUCCAAGAACCGGGCGAUAGGCACCGCGAUGAGUCCAACGCCGGCGCCGCCGCCGCCGCUGCGGAGGCGCUUCCAACCGCUCCGCCCUCCGACGGUUCCCAAGAACGGUCCCAUGGUCCCUCGCGAGCCCAAGGCGGGAGCCCCUCUGCUGCCGCCGCCGCACGGAAGGGGAAGGGGGUCUUGGCUCCAUCCCCGCUGCCUUCCCCGACGCGCUCCGAGGGCACCAACUCCCCGGCAUCGUCCGACAUCGUCCUCGACAAGGGAGCCGGAGAGUCGAGCUCCGCCAACACGCUACCGGACGGCGACAGGAGGUUGGGGGUGUCGUGGAAGAAGCCACUAGUGGUGGCGACGAUGGAGGUGCCGAAGGUGACAAGGCCUAUGGAUGUGAAGUCGGGGCUCGACAACUUGUCGCUGGAGCAGCAAUGGGCCCUGGCGGAGGACAUGGAAAUGCAACAGUGGCAACUGGCGCAGCAGAGGAAAUCUCUCUGGAGCAAAUUCAAAGGUGGCAUGGCAAACGUGCUUUUGGAGAGGAUAGGAAGGCAAAUGUACAACUCCAAUCCAGAUUCUACAGUAAUCGUACCCCAUGUGAAUCAUCAGACAAUUCCUACGACCGGGAUCAUUGAGCAUUACAACCUCAUCGAAAUGGCUGCUGGACGAGGAGAAAUAUUUCAUUCAAAUGCACUGAACCUUCGUCGUGCCUAUUCUGAAUUUAGGCCAGUGCAUGGAGAUGGAGAGUGUUUCUACAGGAGCUUCAUAUUUUCCUACUUCGAGCAAGUUCUCGAUAGGCAGGAUACACACGAGGAACACCGUCUUCUUGCUGCUGUUAAAGGAGUGGCCAGGCAUCAUGCACGGCUUGGGUGGACCUCUGAAUUUUCCUCGAGAUACAAAGAUAUGCACAUUGUUUCACAUUAGUGGCAUAUUGGCAUGCCAUCACAAUUUUACCUCUUGACAUGGAUUCAAUUUUUUUUUCGAGAACAUGUGUGGCAUGUAUUUCAUUAAGUAGAAAAGGAUAGUUCAAGUACAACCCACGGUAAUUCAAAGAUUACCGAAAACAACAAACACAACUUGAAAUUACAGUUAUAGUAAUACAUGUUGAAAUAAGAUCACUUUCAUAUAACAGCACUGAUGGGUAAUAUUUACAGUUAUAGUAAUAAAUAACUCAUGCUUCUACUUCCACGAGAUAAUGCACCCAAAGCUGCUUUGUGUGGUCAUCUGAUUCAAUCACAAAUGUUUUCUUUCAUGCUUCUCUAUUAAAACAUUUUUCUUAAGUAUUUAUCUUGUAAUCUGUGCUCUGACUGAAGGUUCUCAGACAAGUGUUAUUCUGAUCAUACUUGUUCAUACCUUUGUUAUAAAUGGUCAGUAUUUUGUAAGCUAUUGCAGUAUAUAGUAAUGAUCUGAUUCUUUCAGGCAUUUAAGGCACUGAUAAAGAAAGUAAUGAGAUGGAAAAGACACAACAGAUGGAAGAAUGUACCAACAACCGACAGCUACAGCAAACAGAAACUUCUCAAGUUCUUCAGCUGUUAUGGCAGGACAGACGACAUUUUUGCUUUCCUCAGAUUGGUAGCAGCUAUCUGGAUAUGUUCGCACAGUGAAGAGUUUGAACCACUUAUACCUGAGCUGAAUGAAUAUGGCACUCUCAGAGAAUGGUGCCUUCAUGAAGUUAUCAGGUAUAAGGUUUUCACAGAUCAUGUUCAGAUGACAGCAUUAGUCACCGCGCUUGGGGUGCCGCUGCGAGUGGAGUACCUCUUACAAGGAGAUGGUCAAGACCUCUACACUCCCCAGAAGGAUUCCCAAGACGAUAUGCCAAGAAGUACAUGUUGGCCUGGUCAUCGUCAUCAACUACCCCAUGCUCAUGUAGUCCCCCAUGUGACCGUGCUCUACACAAACAUUCACUAUGACAUCAUUUACCCCCACCGUCGAGAUGGUGCUGUCUGUAGUCAGCAGACUGAGCAGGUACAGCGGCCAACUGCUGAGAGUUCAGGUCAACAAAUUGCCCAGAGAGAUAGCUGCAGUGGUGGGAGUUCAAGUCAACAAAUUGCCCAGAGAGAUAGCUGCAGUGGUGAGAUUUCAAGUCAAAAUAUUGCCCAGAAGGAGAUCUCCACUGGUGAGAAUCCAGAUCAACAUGCAGGGCUAAAGUUAACUUCUACUGGUGCCCAUGAGUAUGAUGAGCAUAAGAGCAUUGCUGAGUGAAGUGGAUAGAGAAUUAGGCAUACACUGACGAGAUAGAUAAUAUUUUGGACUUUUUUUCUUACGUUGGUACAAACUGCUGGUGCAAAUUGGAUGAUUAGUUGGUCAGUUAGUCUGAUAUGUUGAUUCAUUUGCAAAUUGUUAUCAAAUCUCUGAAAUAUCCUCAUAAUACUUUGGUGUAUAUAGAAGGAAAAUCAUUCUUGUGCA